UCUGCAAAUUGUAGUCUGCUUUACUUAUAAAUGUAGCUGAUUCACUGGUUCACUGGUUGGGAAGAUAAAUAGAAUCGACUACUAAUAUUGAUAGAGACUUUGACCUAUAAAGUUUAUCAGUGGUUUAUUUUAUUCGUAUUUUAUGCUGUCGGCCAAACAAAAUCGUUUUACUCCUUCAUUCGUCCCUUACACGGGUUGCCUCGGCAGAAGACGAAAGACGUGACAGACAUGAGCGCAUUGUUGUUGAAGAAAAUUGUUUGUGUGAUAUCUUAACUUAAUUUUAAAAUGUUGAAGUUGAUCAGAUUUACUCCUGAAGUCGAGUGCCGCAGCCUCUCAGAAGUGCAUGACAAGUGCUCUUUCAUUCAAAACACAGAAGAUUGUUCCAACGCUGAGGGCCUUAUAAAUUAUUUAAGCUUUCUCUAUUGUAAUUCAGAUGCUAGUCUUUUUACAGGAGGUGUAGUUUUACUGAGUGUAUGGAUUCUUUUUUUAUUCUCUGGACUUGCCACAGCUGCAAACAGUUUAUUUUGCCCAGCAUUACAAAUAAUGGCUGAAAAAAUGAAAAUGUCUGAUAAUGUAGCAGGUGUUACACUUUUAGCUUUGGGUAAUGGAGCACCUGACAUAUUCUCAUCACUGGCUGGCAUCAGACAAGGCAGGGCUGAAUUAGCCUUUGGUGAACUAUUUGGGGCUGGCAUUUUUUGCACCACGAUCAUAGCCGGAAGCAUAAGUUUCAUCAAACCAUUUCCAGUAAUGCAACGCCCUUUCUUGAGAGACUGCGUUUUCUAUCUAGCUGCAGUUUACUUUGUGUUUUGGGUCUUCUAUCACCGAUACGUACACCUCGGUCAUGCAAUCGGCUUUAUUGCUCUGUAUGUUGUGUACGUGUUCGUAGUAAUUGCAGGGAGGCUCCUGAAUUCGAGAAUGAAAAGGAAUAGCCGCAACAUUCAAAAUCCGACUGAAAUCCUGUCAGACGAUAGUACUGAGCCUCUCGACGAUAGUGAAGCGGGAAUCAUCAACACACCCAAUGAUGACAGCAAUGAUAUCUCCGAUUCUUUAAAUGAAGAUGCGUUGCUUGUAAACGAUACACGAGAACUUAUUCCACAGUCGUCUACGAAUCAAGAAACACCAGAGGCGGAAUUGAAUGAAAAUCCUCCAAACAACGACAGUGAAGUGCACGUUAUACAGACGGAUUCCAUUUGGUCAAACGUGAAAGAGGAAUUUGUCGAUUUAAGAACAAACUUGCGACCGUUUUCCAUUCACCAGUGGAUAGAAAUGAAGUGGUACUCUAGAGCGAUCUCUUUGGUUGAGGCUCCUUUCUAUUUCAUACUCAGGCUCUCAAUUCCACUGGUGAGCAAGGAACAUCCUCGACAGGGCUGGUGUCGCUCUUUAUCCUGCUUGCAACUUGCGUUGACUCCUACAUGGAUAGUUUGGGCCAUCGGAUAUGGAGAUGUUGUUAUAGCCAAAUUUUUACCUCUACCUCUAAUGAUUUUUGCGAUUGGACUGAGCCUCGGCCUGCUUCUAGCCAUUUUUAGCAGUCGGGAAAGAGAGCCCAAGAUUUACUGGAUGUUUUCUUUCUUGGCUUUUGUGGUGUCUGUUAUUUGGAUCGACUUAAUAGCCAAUGAGAUCAUGGCCGUUUUGUUCACAUUUGGCGUGGUCUUUCAGUUAAGUGAUGCUAUAUUAGGCCUCACAAUCCUUGCGUGGGGAAAUUCGGUCGGAGAUUUCGCUGCCGAUAUCAGCAUGGCGAGACAAAAUUUGCCACGAAUGGGGUUUUCCGCAUGCUUCGGUGCUCCUUUGCUGAAUACAUUACUUGGCUUAGGGAUUUCGUUCUGUAUUGUCUGCAGUCAACUGGGCGAGAGUAUUCCUGUUGCCUUCACAAAACUAAGUCUAAUUAUGAGCGUGUUCCUGGGAUUAAGUUUAGUCACUGUUUUCAUUUACCUUCCUAUUAAUGGGUUCCAGGCCAACAAGUGGCUGGGAAUAGUCCAAUUCAGUGUCUACCUUAUGUUUGUAAUUAUAGCAUUGCUUGCAGAAGCUGAUGUGCUAUGAUCCGUCCUGUGAUAGAAAUCAGAGUUUACCUAUUUCCAGGCUGUUUUUAACCCGGUUUUUGUGUUUAGGCAAACGGCAUUUAUAUUACGAUGUUCCUGGCGUAAAAUUUUCUUGAUUCUCCAUGAAUCGCAGUUCCUAGUGUUUUAAUUAUAAAAAAAAAAUAAUAAAAUAAUAAACUUUUGAAUUUUAA